UAGCCGUCACCUAAGUACGUAUGUUGGUUACGUAUACAGUACUUACAACCAGGAAGCUUUUUUAUUUUAGAAAUUAAUAUUUAAUAUGUUACUGAACGCUUCGCGAUUACACUGUGCUUAAUUAUUAACCACAGGAAUCCGAUAUCUGAAACAACAUGGUACUCUAUUUUUAAAGCUGGUGCUAUGUAGGUCUACGAUUGUCGCCAUCUGUUGAUCUUGAGAACGAGUACUUAAAUUAAGUCUUAGGCCUAGGCUUUGUCGAAACGCAAAAAGUAGGGGAUACAUUUUAUCAGUGGAAGCCGCUUCUUCCUGUGCGGUGCACCAUACUGUGCACGGUGGAGGAUAGGCCUACCAUGACGAAGUUAAGUUCGACAUUUAAAAUCAUUGACUUAAAAUUUAGCAUCAAACAAUUAGUUGUGCCAAUAUUUACCAUACUGGUUCUACUAAAUGGCAUUGACUGUUACAUCAGCGUCCCAUUGAAGACAUUCCAUGAAAGGGAACAAAUCAUUAAAACUCGAAGAACUAAUGUCAAUGAUAUUCAAGAGAUUGACGCAGCCGUCUUUGUUGAUGACCAGGUAGCGAAGGAUGCGACCGAUAUCUCGAAACCACUUAUAAAAGCUGAUGUAGGCGGAAAGCCAGGCCUAGGGUUCUAUAUAGAAUUGGGUCUUGGUACCCCACCUCAAGAGCUGAGUAUACUGGUUGAUACUGGUAGCAGUAACUUUGCUGUAGCGGCGGCUGCACAUCCAUUUGUAACCACAUAUUAUGAACCAGAUAAUUCUUCAACAUAUGAAUCAAGUUCAACAGAGGUAUAUGUACCAUACACCCAAGGGGAGUGGCACGGUCGCUUAGGGACUGAUAUGGUCACAAUUCCUAGUGAUCCUAAUUCUACUGUGCGUGCUCACAUCGUUGGUAUUUAUAGUUCUGAGAAGUUCUUUAUCAAUGGAUCUGAGUGGCAGGGAAUACUUGGGAUGGCAUACAGCUCCAUUGCAAGGCCUGGCAGCUGGGUGACAACAUAUUUUGAUUCGCUAGUAGAUGGCAAUAUUGUCAAUGAUAUUUUUUCUAUGCAGCUAUGUACACCAUACUCAAUAGGGAACCAUUCAAGUAUACACUCAACCGGUUCAAUGACAUUUGGGGGAAUUGAUAAAGAUUUGUACCAAGGAGAGAUAUUUUACACACGAAUAAAGCGCAAAUGGUAUUUUGAUGUUACAGUCACAGACAUGGGCACAAAUAACACGAGUCUAGGACUAGAUUGUAAAGAGUAUAAUUUUGACAAGUCUAUAGUUGAUAGUGGAACAACAAACUUGCGUCUUCCUUAUAAGGUUUUUAAGACAUUAAUAGCAGCUAUAUCCAGGCAGAUCAUUGAUGUUGAAGUACCAGACACAUUCUGGCAGGGAACUGAAGUAAUGUGUUGGGAAAUUGGAACGACACCAUUUUAUCAUUUCCCAACCGUUUACCUUGAUUUAGAAGGGCCAGAAGAUGACACAUCAUUUAGGCUUACAAUCCCACCAGAGCAAUACAUACGAUGGGUGAAUGGUAACGAGCCUGGUAAAGAUUGCUACAAAACAGGAUUUGCAUCAUCUACAACUGGUACGGUAAUAGGUGCUGUUGUGAUGGAGGGUUACUAUGUUGUGUUUGACCGGGAGAACAAUAGAGUGGGCUUCGCCAUCUCCAACUGUGCAGCUGAGAGAUUACAUAAGUCCCAAUUUCACCCUGAUGAUAAUUCUGAUGAGAUGGUGGAAGGAAAUGAAACCCUGGUGAAAAUCAGUGGUCCAAGGGUAAAAGCUAAUAGUGUGGAGUGCAUCUAUGACCAGUCACACUCGGACACGGUGCUUGUUAUAGUUUCAUACGUGAUGGCCGGUCUUUGCGUUGUUAGUAUACUGCCCGUGGUGAUAUUGUAUGGUUACCACAGCUUAAAGACUAAACUGUUAAAGCGACGCAGACAUUCAAUGUCAUCCACAGACGGAGAACCACUUCAUCAGCCUGUAGAUGAAAGCUCUGCUUAUAGGGAUGCAGAAUAUGCUGAUUCCCAAAGUCAGGAAUGACGAAUUACAUUCAGGGCAUUGUUAUGUGCUUGGAAGUGGGAGGAGAGUUGUGUGCGGGUGUGUGUUGGAAUGUGUGUGUGUGUGUGUGUUGAGCUGGGAGGAUUAGUAUUUUAAUGCAUGAUCCAUUUGUGAUUAUUAAUUCUUAUUGAGAGAGAAAGGAUUUUUAGUGUGAACUAUAACAUUGACCUAACAUAAUUCCUAUGCCAUGGUGCAUAUAUUUUUUAUGCAUAAAAAAAACUUAUAAAUAAUAUUUAUAUAUUCUGUAUUCACUGUUUAUACUUGUGAAUAUAGAUGGAUAUUAAAACAUAAUAUUUGUCUAUAUAGCAAACAAUUUUAAUAUGUCUUAAUUGUCUUUCUAACAUCUUUGAUGUAGUUCUUAGAAAAUAUUUAUUAUUUGAGCCUUUAACUUAAAUGCUGUAAACUAUUUUUAACAAAUAAAAAAAAAUGUAUUUGAAAUUAUGUUAUUGGAGUUAGUAAUUAAGGCUUCUUGGUUAUACACUGGGAAGAAUGGUAAGCAAGCACCUUGUAGUGUAAUUCCUAAAGAAAAUGAGUGAUGCAAAACAUGCACUCUCAGUGUGGUGGUCACAAACUGACCAAUCAAACAGGGCUAAGAUUAUGUACAUGUCCCUUUUACACUGUCAUGUACGGGACCUUAGCAACAAUAUUGAUGGGGCAGUGCAUGUGGAGCAGUCUUCCUGUGUAUGUUGGAAGUGCUUUAAUUUCCUCAAAUAAAUUCUGAUGUAACAUUGCCAAAUAAUAAAACCUGAAUUCACAAUAAAA